UUCUAGUAGUACAAGUGUAGAAGAAGGCCGAGAGCGCACUCCAUUUCAAACCAAUUCAAACCCCCAAAUCCCCUCUCCCUCUCUCCGCCGCUCGCCGCCGAUCGAGGUACUACCGCCUUCCCCUCUCCUCUGCUCCGAUCCGCUCCACUCUACCUGCCCGAUCUCCCCUUUCCAAUCCCGAUCCCCACUCGCAGGGCUGCCGGCAAUGGAGACCACCCCUCGCCGGGCGCCACCGCAACCGGACGCCGCCUCCGCCUACGUCUCCAUGUCGCCCUCCCCCUCCCACACCCCGCGCUCCUCCUCCAAGGCCAAGCGCCCGCUCAACCACACCGCCAACGCCGUCGCCGCAUCCUCCCCUUCCCCUUCCAUCCCGCCCAAGCCCAACACCACCUCCUCCAACGGCACCGGCGUCAACAUCCAGGUCCUCCUCAGAUGCAGGCCUUUGAGCCAGGAGGAGCUCCGAGCCAACACUCCCGUCGUCAUCACUUGCAACGAGCAGAGGCGAGAGGUUUCCGCUGCGCAGAACAUCGCAAACAAGCAGAUUGACCGAACAUUUGUGUUUGACAAGGUGUUCGGCCCAAAGUCUAGACAGCAAGAUGUGUUCAACCACGCUGUUGUUCCACUUGUCGGUGAGGUUCUGGAUGGUUACAACUGCACCAUAUUUGCUUACGGGCAGACCGGGACUGGGAAAACAUACACCAUGGAAGGUGGAGGGGGCAAAACACACGAUGGUGUGCUUCCAUCUGAUGCUGGUGUUAUUCCAAGGGCCGUCAAGCGGAUAUUCGAUAUCCUCGAGGCACAGAAUGCAGAAUACAGCAUGAAGGUCUCAUUUCUUGAACUGUAUAACGAGGAACUCACUGAUCUCUUAGCUCCAGAGGAAUCUAAGUUCUCAGAUGACAAGUCCAAGAAGCCCAUGGCACUCAUGGAAGAUGGCAAGGGAGGUGUUUUUGUUAGAGGACUGGAGGAAGAGGUAGUUUCGUCGGCUGGUGAGAUAUACAAGAUACUUGAGAGGGGAUCUGCCAAAAGAAAAACUGCCGAAACCUUCCUCAACAAGCAAAGCAGUCGGUCACACUCUAUUUUCUCCAUCACCAUCCAUAUUAAGGAAUGCACACCAGAGGGUGAAGAAUUGAUCAAGUGUGGAAAACUAAACCUAGUUGAUCUCGCUGGUUCCGAGAACAUAUCUCGGUCGGGUGCUAGAGAUGGGCGAGCUCGUGAAGCAGGAGAGAUCAACAAGAGUCUGCUUACACUUGGGCGUGUCAUUAAUACCCUUGUGGAGCACUCUGGUCACAUACCAUACAGGGAUAGCAAGUUGACAAGAUUGUUAAGAGAUUCCUUGGGUGGGAAGACAAAGACUUGCAUCAUAGCAACCAUUGCACCUUCAGUGCAUUGCCUUGACGAGACAUUAAGCACACUAGACUAUGCGCAUCGUGCAAAAAAUAUCAAGAACAAACCAGAGGUUAAUCAGAAGAUGAUGAAAUCUGCACUCAUCAAAGAUUUGUACUUCGAAAUGGAUCGCCUCAAGCAAGAACUGUAUGCUGCUAGGGAAAAGAAUGGUAUUUAUAUUCCAGGGGACCAGUACUUAGCUGAUGAAGCUGAAAAGAAGGCUAUGUCAGAGAAGCUGGAUCGGUUAGAGCUUGGAUUGGAAUCAAAAGAUAAGCAAUUAGAUGAACUCCAAGGACUGUACGAUUCUCAGAAAGUGUUGAGUGCAGAUUUAAGUGAUAAGCUUCAGACAUUACAGAAAAAGAUGCAGGAAACUGAGUGCGCCCUAGCAGACCUUGAAGGGAAGUAUGUGCAGGCAAACAAUACAAUAAAGGAGAAGGAGUAUCUGAUAGAAAAUCUUCUGAAAUCAGAAAAAGUUCUUGUUCAUGAAGCUCAAACACUUCGAUCUGAGCUGGAGAAUACGACAGACGACCUAUCUGGGCUAUUUUCAAAAUUAGAAAGGAAGGGCAAGACUGAAGAUGCAAACAAAAAUAUAGUUCGAAGUUUCCAUUCUCAACUAACUCAAGACAUGAAUAUCUUGAAUAGAACCAUCUCAACUUCGGUCUCUCAACAGGAGAGCCAACUAAAAGUACUUGAAGAGGAGAUGCAAUCUUUUAUCACCUCAAAGGACAAGGUUGCUGGAGGACUUAAAGAGCAUGCACGAGAACUGAAAGAGAGCUUCAAUUCAAGGAUUGCAGAAUUGCAUGGCUUUGCAAAUGAACUCAACCUCAAAUCUCAAUUAAGCUCUGAGAGGCUUGAUGCACAAGUUAGCGCACACACAUCUGAUCUGGAGGAUUCUUUGAAGGGCCUCUUGGCUGAUGCUGACCAAUUGCUCCUUGGGCUACAAAAUGGUCUUUCUAAGCAAGAAGAGGGCUUGACUACAUUGGUUGAGCAGCAACAUGAGGAACUCACUAGAAAUGUGGAGAGAACCAAGUCCAUCUCAGCAACCACAAUGAAUUUCUUUGGCACAAUAGAUGCUCAUGCAUUGGAACUUAAAAGGAUAUUGGAAGAAUCACAAGCGUCACAUCAAAAGCAACUUCUACAGCUCCAAACAAAGUUUGAGGUCUGUGCUGCUGAUGAAGAGAAGUAUCUGAUGGAGAAGGUAGCAGGGUUAUUAGCAGAGUCAAAUGCUAGAAAGAAAAACUUGGUUCGAGAUGAUAUAAGCAACCUCAAUAAGACGGCUUCAGAGCGAUCCAAUAAUUUACAAAGUGAAACCACCAAGCUUCAUGAUUUCACAUCUUCGACAAGAGAGCAAUGGUCAGCCUACAUGGAGACAACUGAAGAUGCAUUUCACAAAAACAUAUCCUCUGUUGAACAAAAGAGGUGUUGCUUGGUGGAGAAUCUCCAACAGUGCAAGACAAGGACAGAAUUGUGCUCAGAACAAUGGAGCAAUGCUCAAAAUUCAGUAUUGGCACUUGGAAGAAGUGAUGCAGAAGCAAUACGUUCGGUGAUAAGUGAUGGAAAUGAGGCGAACAGCCAACUUCACACCAGAUUUUCAUCUGCCGUUAGCACUGCACUUGAAGAUAAUGAUGUUUCAAGUGAAGCUCUUGUUUGCUCUAUUGAUGAUUCACUAAGACUUGACCGUGGAGUUUGUGAGACCGUGAAACCUAUCAUCAUCUCAUCACAAGCGCAGCUCCAUGACCUGCAAAGGAAUCACCAUGAGAAAACACAUGGGAUAUCAGGGAAUGCCAACAGAUCAUUGGCGGAUGAUUACAAGGUGGAUGAACCAACUUGUUCAACACCAAGAAGGCGCGAGAUCAACAUCCCGAGCUCCCAGUCAAUCGAGGGCUUGGCAACUCCGCUGGAGGACCUCGUGAAGUCAUUCUGGGACAGCACAACUCCGUCAAAACUCGUGACUGGGAACGCGAAGCGCUUAGAUUCGGCGCUGGAGACCGAGAGAGUUCCUCUCACUGCAAUUAACUAGAACUAGGUAGUACUGCUGCUGUACACUACAUAUGCUGUUAGAGCAGGAACUUGGUUCACAUGUUCUUGAACUGCUGGGUGUUGAUGCUGUAGUUUGAACUUUGAAGGUCAAUCUCAGUGGCCUGAGAUAGUUGAUCUUUCUGUCGCUGAAUUAUGCAAUGAGAUGUCAUGGGUUCCAAGCGGCUGGAGCAUUUC